AUGCUGGCACUGGAAGCCGGUAAACAUGUUCUAUGCGAGAAGGCCUUCACCGUCAACGCAGCUCAGGCGAAAAUCCUAUGCGAAACUGCCCGGAAGAAGGGUCUUUUCCUAAUGGAAGCUGUUUGGACUCGGUACUUUCCACUGAGCAUCGAAGUGCGACGCCUCGUGCAAACCGGAGCAAUUGGCGAGGUCUUGCGUGUGAUAUCCGACUUGAGCAUUGGGGAUGAGCCUGAGACUACCUGGAACGCCGACCAUCGUAUGGUAAACAAGGACCUCGCGGGCGGCGCGCUGCUUGACUUGGGUGUUUAUUCUCUUACUUGGGUUUUCCAAAUUCUUUACCACACUCUACCACCAUCUCAGCGGAAACCGCCAUCACAGAUUGUGUCUCAUAUGUCGAAAUAUCCUAACACCGGAGCAGACGAAGAGACGACUAUGAUCAUAACAUUUCCUACGACAACGCCGACGGCCCUUCCUAACCGAACCUCACACGCUGUAGCAAUGACAGCUUUCCGCGUUGCCACUGACCCAGACAAUCGCGGCUCUGCUGGCCCCUCUAUUCAGAUCCAGGGGACUAAAGGGCAUAUCCAAAUCUUCGGGCCUGCCUUUUGCCCGGAGAGAUACCGCGUGGUACCGAGUAGUCAAUCAGGAGAAGCGACCACUAUCCAAGAUACUCAUAUGCCUAUCCCUGGUGGUGCGCGCGGGAUGUUCUGGGAAGCCGACGAAGUCGCUCGCUGUAUCCGCGAGGGGAAACUUGAGAGCGAGACUCUGCCUUGGGAUGAAAGUAUCACGAUUAUGGAAGUGAUGGAUACAGUCCGUCAGCAGGGAGGGCUGACUUAUCCAGAGAGCAUCGAAUCGACAACUUACCCACUGGCUCUUUGA